CGCGUCGCGUGUGCCGCGUCGCGUCGCGUCGUGCGUGCCGGUGGAGCAGGCCGCAGCGGCGGGGCCGGGGCCGCGGCGAUGCUGGAGGAGGCGGGCGAGGUGCUCGAGUCGGUGCUGAAGGCCUCGUGCCUGCCGCUCAGCUUCCUGCUCUUCGUCCCCGCCGUGCUCCUGCUCCUGGGCCCGCCGCCCGCCGCUGAGGCCGCCCACGAGUUCACGGUCUACCGCAUGCAGCAGUACGAGCUGGGCGGGCAGCCCUACGGCACCAGGAGUGCAGUGCUUAACACAGAAGCCCGCACUGUAGAAGCAGACGUCCUGAGCCGCCGUUGCGUCAUGAUGCGGCUGGUGGAUUUCUCCUAUGAGCAGUACCAGAAGGCUCUCCGCCAAUCAGCUGGUGCUGUGGUGAUCAUCUUGCCACGAUCUAUCUCUUCUGUCCCACAGGAUGUUGUAAGGCAAUUCAUGGAGAUAGAGCCAGAAAUGCUUGCUAUGGAAACCAUUGUGCCAGUCUACUUUGCAGUGGAAGAUGAAGAGCUGCUGUCUAUCUAUGAACAAACGCGGGCUGCUUCUGCAUCGCAGGGUUCUGCAUCAGCUGCAGAAGUUCUGCUGCACACGGCAACUGCCAAUGGCUUCCAGAUGGUGACCAGCGGGGUUCAAAGCAAAGCUAUCAAUGACUGGCUCAUACCCAGUGUGGAGGGAAGGCUAACGGGGCUGGGUGGAGAAGACCUACCCACUGUUGUGAUAGUUGCCCACUACGAUUCUUUUGGAGUGGCUCCAUGGCUGUCACAUGGUGCUGACUCCAAUGGCAGUGGUAUCUCAGUGCUACUGGAACUAGCCAGGCUGUUUUCCCGACUCUACACCUACAGACGUACCCAUGCUGGGUAUAACUUGCUGUUCUUUGCAUCUGGAGGUGGCAAGUUUAAUUAUCAAGGAACCAAGCGGUGGCUGGAAGACAAUUUGGACCACACUGAUUCCAGCCUGCUGCAGGACAACGUAGCAUUUGUUCUCUGCCUUGAUACUCUGGGCCGAGGCAAUAGCCUUCAUCUCCAUGUCUCAAAGCCUCCCAAGGAAGGGACCUUGCAGCAUGCGUUUCUGAGAGAACUGGAGAUGGUUGUUGCUGGCCAGUUCCCAGAGGUGAAGUUUUCCAUGGUGCACAAGAAGAUAAACUUGGCUGAGGACAUGCUGGCAUGGGAGCAUGAACGUUUUGCAAUCCGACGCUUGCCAGCAUUCACCAUCUCCCAUCUGGAAAGCCACCGGGACAGCCUGCGCAACAGCAUCAUGGAUAGGAGGGCACGAAUAGACACUAAGGCACUAACCAGGAAUACUAGGAUCAUUGCUGAGGCUUUGACAAGGGUCAUCUACAACCUAACCGACAAGGGAGCACCUGCAGAUCUGCAGAUCUUCACGGAUCAGAUGCAGAUCCAGCAGGAGCAACUAGAAUCAGUGAUGGACUGGCUGAGCAGUCAGCCCAGGGCUGCCCAGCUGAUUGAUAAAGACAGCACCUUCCUCAACACCUUAGAAUAUUAUAUGGGUCGCUACCUGAAGGAUGUAAAACAACAUCAUGUAAAGGCAGACAAACGAGACCCUGAGUUUGUUUUCUAUGACCAGCUGAAACAGGUGAUGAAUGCAUACAGGGUCAAGCCAGCAAUCUUUGACCUGCUUCUGGCUGUCUGUAUCGCAGCCUACCUUGGUGUUGCCUAUGUUGCAGUGCAGCACUUUGGCCUCCUUUACAAGAUGAUACAGAGAUUAUCCCUUAAAACCAAGCAGCAGUGAAGCAACAAGUCAUCCCUCAUACAGCAGCACUGAGCCAUCGGAUUUAAGCACUGGAGCUGUUGGUUCCUUCUGUCCGCUCUCACCCACACAGGCCUAACGGGGAUUGUCUACGAGUAGUUUGGACUAUUGUAGUUUAUCUCCCAAGUAACAGAGGUUGGUUUAUCGUUAUAAGUACUACUGUGCAAUAUGAACUCCACCCUUGUACUCAGUGCUAAGAGGAAAGCGCCUGAAGCCAAAAUGGAACGAGGUACCCCACUAUCUGUGGCUGGAGGAGUCAUGACAAUCUAUUUAGGCAUUUAAAACCACAGACACCCAAAAUUGUUGUGGGGCUUGGUUUGUUUUUUUUUUUUUUAUUUGUUUGUUUUAAAUCAUGCCCUCUCGUGUUGUUCAUAGCACAAGCCAAAAUACCGAGUUUCUCCUGCACCUUGUGGUCAAACUGGGUUUUACAUUUAAGAGCCAUUCAGUUUUCACUUACUGAUCUGAAAUGAUAGGGGUGCUACUAUAUGCCUCAGUAAAUUGGGCCUCUGGGUACUCAAAUGUGGGCUCCUGCUUGCUCAUUUUGAUUUGUUUAGUUUCUGUUUGUAGUUAUUGGAUAGCAACUUCAAAGUUAUAAUCUGGAAUAUUUGCAGCUCAGGAAAAAGAGUUGAUUUAUCUAGUAAUGUUAACUCAAUUAUUUAUCUCUUGUGUGUCCUAAAGAACAAAUGUAUAUCGAGGUGGAUAUUUAAAAGCUAAUAGAAAAUUCAAUGCAGUUGAUUUACAUAUUUUUUUCUGACUAUAAAUGUAAUAAUAUUUAAGUAUUUUAACAUUUUUCAUUUCUUUAUUUGUUUGUCCCUUUUUCCCUUGGAAAAAUAAACCGAGUGAGUAGGUUUGAUGAA